AUGCUCCCUCUUCCCGCUCUCGAGGCUCCGGCUUCUCAUCCUCCACCGUCGUCGCUCCCUGGUGUCAUCGGCACAUCAGAGACCACUGAAACCCGCAACCAAAAGCCCAAGACGCUGCCUUGCAAGUAUUGCAGCAAACACUUUCGGGAUCUCCUCGUGCGACAUGAGAAACUCGUUCAUCUCAAUGAUGCCAGCAAAGACAAUGCUCGUCCGAGGCCCUCAUCGUCGAGCGCCGGCUCGCACAAGCCUUCCUUGUCUGACGGCCAUGUUGAGGCCGACGCCAUGAACAUGCACCGCACCACUCUCCCUCCUGUUGGUCCGCCGCCGCCGCAGCAAAUGUAUCAUCCUCAGCCGCCCAUGCCGAAUAACAUGCAGCCCAUGCAACAGUCGAUGCAACAGGAUCACGCCAUGAAAUCAAGACUGGCAGCCUGUAACCUUGACGUUCUGUCUGAUGCUGCCCUCGCCAGUGAAGUCAGCUCCAUGGCACCCAUGAUGAAUACCAUUUCACAACAACCGACGAGCCACGCCAGAGGUAAAAGCUUUGGCGAGGUCAUGCCUCAAUUCGGCCAACGCCAACCUCAGGAUCAAACUCAUGUCAUGCCAACCUUUGCACAGCCGCCAGCACCGCAGGCCGCGUAUGACGACUAUAAUGUCUUCUUGGACGAUUUUUCCUUUGCGCCACAUUUCCUGCCACCGCACUUUGAACCCGACCAAACCAUGAACAUGUGGACUCGCUCACCAGCUACUAUGAACCAGAGAAUGGCCUCGAAACCAGUGUCGGCGAUGCCGUCACGCAUUGGCUCCCUUGGGCCGGAUGCUCGUGAUGCGACCGAUUUUGUUGGAGAUGCUUCGCGUCCUUCUCCUUUGCGCAUAUCUGCUGCAGAUUAUGCAACCAUCAAGAAGAAACUGGAUGACUUCUCGUCUGUACUACCAAGCGACUUUGUGUGCCCUUCGCGGCAUACUCUGACACGAUUCUUCGAAGGCUAUAUAUCCGGAUUUCACGAUCUACUACCUGUUCUGCACCUCCCUACGCUAUCGCCCGCGGCCAUCGCUCCAGAGCUGCUGCUCGCAAUCCUAGCCGUCGGUGCCCAGUACCGGUUUGAGAGCAACCGAGGCUACGCACUCUGGUAUGCUACAAAAGCGGUGGCCAUGGAGCAAAUUCGAAGAAGACACAGCUCAGAAAUAUACGCGCUGCUGCCCAGCACUGCAUCGUAUAGUCCGCAUUCGACUCGUCCUUCGCCAACAUCUGGUUACCGAAAUUCCUUUGGCUCAGGUCAAUCAGAAAGACCUUCUACCACCGAUGGAAGUCGCGAUCCUGUUUCCCCCAACACCCCCCAAGCGCGAUUAGAGACGAUACAAGCCAUUUUACUGCUCUUCGCCGUAGGGUUAUGGGGAAUCAAAACAAUAUUGCACGAAUCUCUGUCACUGCAAAGCAAUCUGGCCAUCUUGAUAAGAGAAGAGGGCCUGCACAUGGAUGCCAGUCAACUGGCCAUUGGCAACUGGGAAACGUGGGUCCAACGAGAAGGCGCUCUGCGGACAAAAGUCAUUGCUUUUUGUUUCUUCAACUUGUGCAGCAUGACGUACGACAUGCCGCCGGCGCUGCUCACCUCCGAAGUCCAUCUCUUCUUACCCUUGACGGCACGACUAUGGCGUGCCGAAACGGCAUGGCAAUGGCAGGAACUACGGCAAUCGACGCCGCUGGUGGAAAUUACGCUCCACGAAGCCUUUUCCAAAUUCUUUGGUCCCACAAACGCAGUCUUGCCUUCAGAGCUCUCGUCACUCGGCCACUAUGUACUGAUCCACGCCUUGGUCCAGCACGUAUACCUGCUAAAACAAACUUCCUUUGCCGCCGGGCCUUCGUAUGAUAUGCAACGCACUUUGAGACCAGAGGAUGUCGAGCAGGGCUCCCAAGCCUUGCGCAUGUGGCACACGAGCUUUGAGCAACGUCACCAGCUGCGAGCCGCCGAAACAGGUCAAUACGGAAACAACGAUACAAUGACCGGAGGGUCCCUCGUGUACAAUGCGACGGCACUGCUGCGACUGGCAUACAUUCGACUCUACACCGACACACCUCCUAGUAGAGCACUGCAGACGCGAGACUCGAUGUUGAUUGCGUCGGCCAUGCAUAACACGCCCGGGCUGCCGCGCAACCACCGUGUCCAACGCGCCGUAUUUCAAGCAACGCACGCGUUGUCCAUGCUGGUCAAGGUAGGCGUCAACUAUGUGGCCAAGGCAAAGUCGACCGAGUGGAGCAUUCAGCAUUCCCUGUGUAACUUUGAAUGUGCCAUUCUCGUGGCCAAGUGGCUCAUGAGCCUAGCAUCCAUAGGGCCGCAAGACGCACCGGCAUCGGGCGAGGAAGUCAACCUGCUGGAUACGGUGCGGCGGAUGGUGGACGAGACCGAGUUUGCCGUGCCACAGCGAGACGCCCACGUCAGUGACGCGGUCAAGCUCCGGCAGCUAGCCAGUGCGGUGGUGCGGCUGUGGUCGGAGACGUUUAAAGGAACGCACAUCUUUGACAUGGUCAAGACGAUGGGCGAUAGUCUGGACGGCUACGCCAGCCUAGUCGAAAAAUCCUAG